CUCUCUUUCUCUAUCUCUCUCUCUAUCUAUCUAUAGUAAAAGGCCUCAGAUCACAGAACAAAGUGAUAGAGAUCAAUUUCUUCAACACCAAGCACAGAAAGGAAGAAGAAAGAUGAAAGGACAGUUGGAGCUCAAAGAGCUAAGCAAUGAUCAAUCGUUUUCAUCUUGUUAUGAGCAUGAAUCAUCAUCAGUUAUGUGGAUGUCAUCAAAGAUGAGAAUUAUGAGAAAGUUUGUGUGUUCAGAACAGAAAACAGUAAGGAGGAUUAGAAGAAGAAGAAGAAGGUGUCAGCAGAUUCAAGAUGAUCAGAGGAAGGAAGGAAACAAAGAUCAGAGCAGCUGUGAAAGCAGUAAUAAUGGAGGAAUUAAUAGGGUUUGCUCUGAUUGCAGUACAACGAAGACACCCUUAUGGAGGAGUGGACCUCUUGGCCCAAAGUCCCUUUGCAAUGCUUGUGGAAUAAAGCAAAUGAAGGCUAGAAAAGCGAUGUCAUCAGCAGCACAGAGCAGCAAACUGCAGUAUCCAGUGGUCCCCAUCAAGCCUGAAAAGAACCAGUCAUCGAAGGUAGAUUGCAGCAUCCCUUUCAAGAAGAGGUGCAGAUUUGUGGCUACUGCUGAGGCUGCUCAGAGGAAGCUUUCAUUUGAAGAUAUGCCAGUAGCUUUAAAGGAGAGAUUGGUGGCUUUGAAGGGAGUAUUUCCUCAGGAUGAGAAAGAUGCAGCCAUUUUAUUAAUGGCUUUAGCUCAUCGUGAUUCAUAAAUUUAUAAUGUUUGUUUUGAUGUUAUGUACUGAUUUAGGUGUUGGAGGAGUGAAGUUUAGAGAAGAGUGGAAUAAGAUGAGGAGAGGUUUUUGAAGGACCAACGUUUCUUUUAUGAAGUUGUUCUUCUGUUUUUCUUUUCCUUUUUGUUGGAACGAUUGAAAUAAUUCGACUAAAGCUUGUUU